UCUACUGCUUCUGCUGCUGCUCCCAUGACAGUUGACAGUUUCGUUCGGUGGUGGAGAACGAAAGAAAUUGUAGUUGACAUUGAUCCCCACAAACUUGAGAUGUGUUGAAUUUAGUUAAAUUUUCGUGCAUAUAUUUAAAUUAGUCCGAAUGAAGCAAAUUUGUGUUCAAGAAAAUAAUCUUAAUGUAGAAGUCUUCCCUUGAGAAAAUGCCUCAGUAUGAUGUGAUCAGUGGCUCAAGUGGGAAGCCAUCAAAAAGCAAAAGAAUCGGUUCCUUUCCACGGGCUUCUGCAGACUCAGAAUCUUCUGCAUUUGGGGGUAGAUUGAAAUAUGACUUUGACUGUGAUUCCACCAUGCCCCCAAUGCUACGUGCCCGGUUACGAGAAUUGUUUUCACAGAUUGAAAGAGAAUUUGAGUCAUUAUACACUGAGAACGCGCAAUUGCAAGAAAAAGUGGACAGCUUGAAUGAAAGGCUAGAAAGGGAAGCAGUAUCUUAUGAGAAGCCUGGGGUGGACUGUCCAGACUUCGACCACAUCACAAAAUCAGCCUCCAAACUGAAAAGUAUUGGUUCAUCUCAGAAACUAAAAACAGCUCACAAGCUGAAAGCUCAGACAAGCAAGAUUGUAUCCAGUUUCAAGGGACCCACAAUAGGCUGCUCGUUAGUCCGACAGUUCUCAGGACAUCGUGAUGGCGUAUGGGAUGUAUCUGUUGCUAGGCCAGGACAACCUCUUAUCGGAACUGCAUCUGCAGACCACAGCGCCUGCAUAUGGAGUGUGGAAAAAGGACGAUGCUUACUUCAGUAUUUGGGACACCAGGGUUCUGUGAACUCCAUCAAAUUUCACCCAUCUCGAGACCUGGUUCUCACAGCCAGUGGCGAUCAAACUGCCCACAUUUGGCAAGCUGCAGUGACAUGGGAGCAUGUUAAGAAACCGUCAUCAAUGGAUGAAGAUGAAGUAGGCUGUGAUAAAGACGACUAUGGAGCUGAUGAUUAUGAAGCUGAGUUGAUGGACGGGUCACCCUGUCUACGCACACCCGUGCGAGAGCUGGUUGGGCACACAAAUGCUGUCAUGGCAGCAGAUUGGCUUCCUAAUGCAGACCAGAUAAUAACAGCUUCAUGGGACCGAACUGCAUCCCUUUAUGAUGUAGAGACUGGAGAGCUCUUGCAUUCCCUAACAGGCCACGACCAAGAGCUUACUUAUGCAUCUUCGCACCACUCUCAGCGUUUAGUUGUCACCUCUUCAAUUGAUACCACUUUUAGGCUGUGGGACUUCAGAGAACCUAUCCACUCUGUUUCUGUCUUCCAAGGGCAUACUGAGACUGUAACAUGUGCAGUUUUCACAAGAGAGGAUAAAGUUGUCUCAGGGUCUGAUGAUAGGAGUGUUAAAGUGUGGGACCUCAGAAAUAUGCGGUCACCCCUUGCUACCAUUCGGUCAGAUUCAUCUGCUAAUAAGCUAGCUGUUUCCCCUUCUGGAGUGAUUGCAAUUCCUUACGACAACAGACAAGUACGCCUGUUUGAUCUUAAUGGCAAUCGUUUGGCAAGAUUACCUCGUUCCAGUAGACAGGGCCAUCGACGAAUGGUGUGCUGUGUGGCAUGGGGUGAUGAAAAGGCAGACUACCCAACUAACUUUUAUUCAUGUGGUUUUGAUAGAUUGGUUCUUGGUUGGUCAAUACAACCUUGUAAAGAAAAUUAAUAAUAAUGCUUUUAACUCUGUUUCUUUUAAUAUGGUCAAUGUGGCUACAGGAAUUACUAUUGUGACUUGCUUUUAUUCUAUUUUAUUUUUCUGCUUGUCUUCAAAGCUGCAUUAGACAUUCCCCAUGUAUUACUGCUGUUCUUAUUUUGGUUUUGUUUCAAGCUUUUUUACAGUAAGGUAGAGGGAAGGGGUGUGAAAUCCCAUUUCGGCUUUUGCCGAUUGGAUCAUUUUAUCCUGGUUUUGUCUUCAGUUAAGUGUAUCUAUUCGCUUUGUGUCCCCUGCAUACCGAGGUGCUUUGUGAUGGCAUGGAGAAGAAUUCUCCGUGGUGAUGGUUUCAAUUAUUUUCUUGAUAUAUUUGGAAGGUUAUGCUGACAAGUAUAACUGCCUUUGAUGCAACAUAAAGGUCCCUUCUGAUCAGAAAAUUGAAUUGUACAUACAUCAUAGUUAAAGGUACCAUUUUUAAAGUAAAAUGUAUGUUCAUAGCAAGACUCAUUCAUUUUAUUUCAUACAUUUGCAUUUGGUAUUUUUCCUGAGUUGAACGUUGAAAUUAUUCGAGACUGAAAGCUAAUGUUUACAUCUUUUUAAAGAUACUGUCAUUCAUCCAAAUAAACUAUCAAUAAAGCAACUCUUUUUUUUUUUUCAAAGGGAGUUGCAAGUCUUGCACGAUUGACUGAUUGCCUUCAUCAAGCAUUCUCUAUCUGCUGUUAAGUUUGUUAUUUACAACUUUAGGACAUUGAUAAAUUUAUAUUGUAAUAAAAUUGAGCAUAGUUACCGUACACUGAUUUUGAGUUUGUCAAGUCAGUUUAUCAUAAAAGUCAUCGUCAUAAAUUAAGGUCCUGCUUCUUGCAAGGAGGUGUUACCAUAAAAUGAUUAUUUUAAUUAUGUUCUCCUGUAUUAUUUUAGUCUUUCUAGUUUCCUCCUCUGUGAUUUGGUGUGGUGCUUGCACCAUUUUUUUUUUUUUUAAGAAAUAAAUCUUAGUCAUGAACAAUA